UAUUAGAGUUGGAAAGAAUUUUUCUAUCACAUGAUCUAAGAAGCUUUCCUCAUAUCAUUUUUAUCCAGUUAUGUCAAUUUAUUUCUUGCAUGUUAGUCUGCUGGUUAAUUACAAUGACUUUCAUUGGAUAGUGACAUGUUGAGCAUACCUGAUAAUGCUGUCUUAAAUGAAAUAAAAAGUAUUUACUGACCGUACUUUUUAUUGAAUAUUCAGUGCAGUACAGCUCACACAUUAAGUCAAAUAAACUAGUGAUUGAAUAACACCUUAAAGAGAGGUACAUUAAUACCAAUUUAGUCAUCUGUUGCCCUAAGGAACAACACUGUCAACAUAUUUUCUCAGUUACAGCACUUUCAAAUAGGAUUAUUAAGGUUAUUCAAGGCCGGACGUGGUGGCUGAUGCCCGUAAUCCUAGCACUUUGGGAGGUGGGUCACCUGAGGUCAGGAGUUGGAGACCAGCCUAGCCAACAUGGCCGAAACCCCGUCUCUACUAAAAAUUCAAAAAUUAGCCAGGCAUGGUGGCGGGCACCUGUAAUCCCACUUACUUGGAAGGCUGAGGCGGGAGAAUCACUUGAAUCCGGAAGCGGAGGUUGUCAUGAGCCGAGAUGAUGCCUCUUUACUCAAGCCUGAGAGAAAGAGUGAAACUUCAUCUCAAAAAGAGAAAAAAAAAAAAAGAUUAUUCAAGGAGGGCCCAGGGUCUGGAGCAAGCCCAGCCAGGCCCCACCCACUUCGUGCCCUGCAGCGGUGGCGCGCCUCAGAUUGGCGCGAAGGUGAUAAAGAGGCGUGACCGGAAAGGCCCCACCCUGCUCGCCCCUGUAGUACUUAAGCGAGUUGGUAGGGUGGCUGCACUCAUUGCUCCGCCGCUCCGGCCUAGCGAGAGUGAAUCUCCUGCACUACUUUUGCUCGACUGGGUGACCCCGGCACCUCGGCCACCAUGCCGCGGUCUUUCCUUGUCAGGAGGCCCUUUGACCCCGAUCGGAAGCCAAACUACAGCAAGCUCCAGGACUCUCAUCUAGAGUUUACCUUCCAGCAAGCCUACGAGCAGGCCCACUUGCUGGCAGCCACCAUCCCACGUCCGGAGAUCCUCAAUCCCACCGCCUCGCUGCCAACGCUCAUCUGGGACGCUUUCCUGGAGCUCCACGCCCAGCCAAUUGCCCGGGCCUCCCUCCAGUUUGGACUCUCCCAGGAGAGUGGCAAGGCAGCAGAGCUGACCUCGCUGUCGGAUGAGGACAGCGGGAAAGGCUCCCAGCCCCGCAGCCCACUCUCACAGGCUCCUUUGUCUUUCUUCUCUACUUCAGCCUCUUCCUUGGAGGCCGAGGCCGAUGCCGCCUUGCCAGGCUUGGGCCAAGUGCCCAAGCGGCUGGCCCAGCUCUCUGAGACCAGGGAUUCCCAGUUUCGAAAAGCCUUCAACUGCAGAUACUGCAAUAAGGAAUGCCUCAGCCUGAGUGCCCUCAAGACGCACAUCCGAACCCACACGCUACCCUUUGUCUGUGAAAUUUGCGGGAAGACCUUUUCCAGACCCUGGUUGCUGCAGUGCCAUGUCCGGACCCACACCGGUGAGAAGCCCUUCUCCUGUCCCCACUGCAGCCGCGCCUUCACCGACCGCUCCAACCUGCGGGCCCACCUCCAGACCCACUUGGAGGUCAAGAAGUACCAGUGCCAGGCGUGCACUCAAACCUUCUCCCGAAUGGCCUUGCUCCACAAGCACCAAGAGUCGAGCUGCUCAGGGGGCCCCCGCCGACCCUAGAGG